GCUGUGGAGCGACGGCGGCAGCAGCGAGCAGGCAGGCGCGGAGCUGCCCUUCCAUAGGAGCCGCCAUUAGCGCUGGGACCCGCUGACAGGGUCUCGGCGGCGGCGGCCGGCGCGGCGCGGGGAGCGGAUCAGCCGGGGUGGGUCCCCGUUUGAUGGAUCCCCGGAUAGCCUGGUUCCAGCCAGAGCAGCUCGGCCCCUCGAACCGCCUGUGGAUGCAGAUCUGGGAGACCACGCAGGGGGUCCGCAACCUCUACUUCCAGCAGCAGCAGCAGCAGCAGGAGCAGCAGCAGCAACAGCAACAGCAGCAGCAGCAGCAGCAGCAGAGCGCCCCCGCCGCGGCCGGCCCGGCCUCCCCGCCCGGCAUGUACCGCGCCCCCCGCGCCGACCCCCCGCCCGACUUCCUGCCGCUCGAGAGCGCCAACAACCCGCACAGCCGCGGGCACCGCCAGGCCUCGCCGCCCCCGGGGGCCGCCGCCUGGGCCCGGCCCGCGCGGGGGGCGCCGCCCGCCGCCGCCGCCGCCGCCAGCAACAAGAGGAAGCGCGACAACAAGGCCAGCACCUUCGGGCUCAACUACAGCCUGCUGCUGGGCCGCGCCCCCGCCCCGGCCGACGAGCCGGCCGCCCGCGCCCAGCCCGGCCUGGCCGAGCCGCUCUACACCGGCACCCCCUGGAAGAAAAGGAACUACAGCCAGGGAGUCGUGGGUCUUCAUGAAGAAAUCAUUGACUUUUAUAAGUACAUGUCUCCCAGACCUGAAGAAGAGAGAAUGCGGAUGGAAGUGGUGAACAGAAUAGAAAAUGUUAUCAAAGAGCUCUGGCCUAAUGCAGAUGUGCAGAUAUUUGGAAGUUUUAAAACUGGUUUAUAUUUACCUACAAGUGAUAUUGAUUUAGUUGUGUUUGGAAAAUGGGAGACAUUACCUCUUUGGACCCUGGAAGAAGCUCUUAGAAAGCACAAUGUAGCAGAUGAAAACUCAGUAAAGGUUUUAGAUAAAGCAACUGUACCUAUUAUUAAACUGACAGAUUCCUUCACUGAAGUAAAAGUUGAUAUAAGCUUUAAUGUACAGAAUGGGGUUAAAGCAGCCCAGCUCAUCAAAGAUUUUAUCAAGAAAUAUCCGGUGUUACCAUUUCUAGUUUUAGUACUGAAACAGUUCCUGCUGCAGAGGGACCUUAAUGAAGUAUUUACAGGUGGAAUUGGUUCUUAUAGUCUCUUUUUAAUGGCUGUCAGUUUCCUUCAGCUGCAUCCCAGGGAAGAUGCCUGUAUGCCCAAUGCCAACUAUGGUGUUCUUUUAAUAGAGUUUUUUGAAUUAUAUGGACGUCACUUCAAUUAUCUGAAGACUGGAAUCCGAAUAAAGGAUGGUGGCUCUUAUGUUGCCAAGGAUGAAGUGCAGAAAAGCAUGUUGGAUGGCUACAGACCAUCAAUGCUGUACAUUGAGGAUCCAUUACAGCCAGGUAAUGAUGUUGGGAGGAGUUCCUAUGGUGCCAUGCAAGUGAAGCAGGCUUUUGAUUAUGCCUAUGUUGUUCUGAGCCAUGCGGUUUCCCCAAUAGCUAAAUAUUAUCCUAACAACGAAACAGAAAGUAUAUUAGGGAGAAUAAUUAGAGUAACACAAGAAGUGGCCACGUACAGAGACUGGAUAUCCAAGCAGUGGGGAAUGCAAAGCAGAACGGAAUCUUCAUGUAAUGGUAAUGGAGUAACCUUGAUAGUAGAUACUCAGCAGCUGGACAAAUGCAACAAUAAUCUUGCUGAAGAGAAUGAAGCACUGGGAAAACCUAGAAAUAAAACUUCAGAAACACUUAGUAAACAUUCUUCAAAUUCUUCAUCAGGUCCUUUAUCAUCAUCAUCAUCCACACUGUCCAGCUCUAGUGAUGUAGAUUCUGAUGGAACACCUUGCAAAACCUCUAAACAGUUGAGUUGUCGUCAGUCUACCACAAACAGAGUGGGGUCACAAGAAGUGUCACUGGAAUCCUCCCAGUCAAGUGGGAAAACACAAAAUAGCCAAACAGCCAAUACAUCCAGCAACACGAACAAAUCUCAGCAUGGAUCUGCACGGUUAUUUCGUUCUUCUAACAAAGGCUUCCAAGGUCCAGCAAACUCAAGCCAUGGUACCUCAGUCACAAACAAACAGCACCAAGGCAGCAAAUCACACCAUCAGUUUUUCCACGGCAAAAAGAGGAAACACAAGAGGGAUGCAGCCCUGUCAGACCUUUGUAGAUAGUUGCCUACUUUAUGACUGUUCUUCUGUGUGCAAUGAUCUCAUGCUACAGGAUAGUUUGAUAGUGACUCCUUGGAUCUCUUCUGGAGCUUCAGACUGUUCAGACAUAGAUUAGCAACUGCAUUUUUUUUUCCCAGCUCGCCACGGAACGGAACAUGAAGAUUGAUCACUGCAAAAAAAAAAGGAAAAAAAAAAAAAAAAAAAAGAAAAAAAUGGAAAAAAAAAGGAAAAAAUAAUUUUUUUAAAAAGAGGAAAAAGGCUGCUCAUUUGAUAAGUCAUAUGCUACAACAGGGUCAUUUAGGAUAUAAAAGCUUGAAUGUAAAAUAAAUGUAUUUCCCAUCAGCUCAUGCUGACCUGUAGAGAUAGUACUCAGUGUGUCUAGGGGGUGGUAACAAACAAAUAAAACACAAAAAAUAGGAAAAAAAAGGCAAAAAAUUGUAUUUUGAGGGAAACCCAGCCUUUAAAGGUGAAAGUAAUUUGUGCAUGAUUUUUUAAUUAUUUUUGCAUAUACUUACCAUUUUAUUGUGUAUAUAUAGAUGACCAUAUAGGAAAACUGACAUUUGUAAUAGUGGAUUUGUUAAUACUUUUUACAUAACAUUACUGUUUAAAUUGUAAACAUAAAUUUUUCUCAGGAUUAGUUUGGAAAAUAAUCUGAAUUGUCAUCUUAACAUCCAUAUAAAGAGACAUUACUAGUUAUAUUGCUCAGAAUUUCUUUUCUUGGCAUUUGGAAGAUCUUAUAGAACUUUUGAUCUGCAAAAGCUGUUCCUCUGAAAGAAAGGUUUAUGGUGGCAAAUGAAGAUUUUCAUUUGUAUAAAAUGUACAUGUACUUUGUGUAGACACGGAGCUUGUCAUCUCUGAGAAGUAACCUUCACCUUGUUUUCUAGAGUGCCAUCAUUUCAGGCAAUGGGGUUUUAUAGUUGCAUCUUCUCUUCCUCCCCUUAGUGGUCUUCCCUCGACCCUUCCUUCUUUGUUUUAAAGAAACAACAAAAGGCCACUCGGGGUUUUUUGGGGGUGUUUUGGUUAGGUUUUUUUGUUGUUGUUGGGUAUUUUUUGUUUUAUUUUUUUUUGAUUGAUGGUGGUGAUUGUUUUCUUUUUUUUUUUUUUUUUUUCUUUUUGUU